UUUCUCUAGAAUCUUCCUGCUCCAGCAGCGCCUUAAAAUUGCUUCAAAUUAAUGUCACUUGCAAAUCUCUCUCAGUAUUCACCACACUCAGUUUCCAUUUUAAGAACAUAAAAUAAAAAAGUUUUAACAUCGAAAUCGAAAGAGUGAAAUGCAAGGAAAUAGAGUGAAAGAGGAAGAAACAGUGGUAUGCGGAGGUGGUUCAUCUUCGUCUUCUUCCGCAAGUUCAAACCUUUCCCCACAGCCCAUGAAAGGGUUGCACGAGGCAGGUCCACCUCCAUUUCUCACCAAAACCUUUGACGUUGUCGAAGAUCCAUCCACUGACUCCAUUGUUUCGUGGAGCACUGCUCGCAAUAGUUUCGUUGUUUGGGAUUCUCACAAGUUCUCCACCACCAUUUUGCCUCGUUACUUCAAGCACAACAAUUUCUCCAGCUUCAUUCGACAGCUCAACACCUAUGGUUUUAGAAAAGUUGAUCCAGAUAGAUGGGAAUUCGCAAACGAAGGGUUUCUGGCAGGGCAGAGGGAGUUGUUGAAGACCAUAAAGAGAAGAAGAAAUGUGACACAGUCACAGGGAAUGCAAUUGCAAGGAGAAGGAGGAAGUGGGGGCACUUGUGUUGUUGAAUUGGGUGAGUAUGGGUUGGAAGGUGAACUUGAGAGGUUGAGGAGAGACAGGACGGUGUUAAUGGAAGAAAUUGUGAAGUUGAGGCAGCAACAACACAACUCAAGGGAGCUAUUAUCUGACAUGGGGACUAGAUUGCAAACCACAGAGAAGAAACAUCAACAGAUGAUGACUUUCCUUGCCAAAGCACUCAAUAAUCAAUCUUUCAUUCAACAAUUCCUCCAGAGGAAUGCUCAGAACAAAGAAUUAUUGCAGGGUGUUGAAACCAGGCGUAAGCGGAGACUAACUGCAAGCCCAAGCGUUGCGAAUUUGCAACAAGUUCCUGUUACUGUGGCAGUCCCAAUUAAGGAACCAAUUGUGGACUUUCCAAGUCAAGAAGAACCGGAGGAAGACUUUGCAACUCUUGAGUCUGAUAUGGAGACAUUCUUCUUAUCUGCUUAUGAUAAUGAUUCAAGCAGUGAAAUUAAAGACACAACAUCAAGUUCAGUUCCAACUGCCAGUGGUAGUAAUUUGAGUUCAGCCAGUGAUGCUAUAUGGGAGGACUUGCUGAACCAAGACUUGGUUGCUGGGAAUCCUGAGGAUGAAGUUGUAAUUGGUGAUUUUUCCCAAAUUGAUGUGCCAGUGGAGGAUUUGGUAGCUAAGCACGAUGAUUGGACCGAGGACUUGCGGAAUCUUGUGGACCAUAUGGGUUAUCUUGGGUCCAAACACUAGUGGAUAUGAAGUGUUUGUAGAAAUUUUAGUAUGUUUGCUCUCUGCAACUAAAUUCCCCUUGCACUAUGGUGCAGGGGAGGAGGUAGUUGCAGAAGAGGCCAACAGAUAUUGUUCUUUAUCUGUAUCCUUUGUUAAACAACGUAAAUUUUGUGAUUAGCUGAGUAUUCUUUGUACUGACGAUACUUUUAUGUUUAUUUUGUUACCCUGUUUGUAACCAUAUUGUACAUUUUGCAGGCGAUAUCAAAAGCAGAUGUUCAAGGAAGUUAUCGAAAUGAUUGACUGGGAAAAGAUGUAGUAUUAGUCUGCUUAUAAUUUGCUAGAUUGUCAAAUUUUCAGUGUUAAAGGAGGGUUCUUGUGCAGUGGCCCUCCCUGUACAUUUCUUUGUUUAGUACCUGGGUAUUCGUUUCAUGUGUCAACAUUUUCUGACUCGAGUGCCACUGGAUUACAUAUAUCUAUCGAUAAGUAGUUGAGUAUUUAAUUUUAAAUUGUUGUCUCUAUAAUUUUGUGAGUUGCUUUUUGGAUUUUCAGCUGAAGGUAGUAAAUGACUAACUUUGGACAUGUUAUAAAUUGCUUGUAUCAAUUACGCUAUUGGGAUUAGUUGUAUUUUUCACCUGAUUUAUUUGUGAACAACUUUUUUUUUUCCUAAUCUUUUGUUAUCUCAUCAUUUUAUCUAAUCCAUUGAUAGUUUUUGCAACGUCUCCUCAAACCAGAAAGCAACUGAGAAAUAUUUCAGAAUUAGGUAACUAAGCAAAAUAUGUAGGUCAAAAUUUUCAAAGAACUGGAAAAAACUAGUAUUUUUAAAUAUUUCAAAAUUAGGUAAUUAUACAAAAUAGAUUUGAUUUGUUUAUGUUAAAAAAUUAUGAUAUGAUUAUGUGAAAAGUUAUAAUUAUAUAAAAAUGAAUAAAUGGUAAUAAAAGAAAAAAGAGAAAAAUAUUAAAAUAGGUAAUUGUAAAAACUCAUGAUUUAUUUUUGUCUUUAUAUUGUUGGAUGCUAAUGAAUUAGUGAAUAAAAGAUUAAGAUUAAAUAUAAGUUUUUUUUAUUUUUAUAUUGAUGUAUGUUCUAUUUAUAUAUUUUUUAUCAUUAGUCGUUUAACAUUUGUGAUGUAGUUUUGUUCUCUGUUUUAGCUAAGGGUUUACGUGGGCGGGGCAGAUAAGUCGAGAACUGAUAGAUCCAGCACUUGCUCUCGUCGAAGGAGAGGGUCCUCCUAAAAACAAAAUGAAUAAAAAUAUUUCUUCUUAUUUUCAUUAACAGCAAACCAGCAUUUUCAUCCGAUUCUAACAACAGAUUCUACCCCCAACAAACCGUCUAACAACCAUGCUAAACUCCCCCACCCUCAGCUCACAGCUGCUGCUCAUACCACAUAAUCCUUUAGCCACUUAGGCUGGGCUUUAUUCCUUUUGGUCCAACUAGUCCUUGGACUAAACUGAUGGUCCAUUCGCGCUGCUUCUCGAGCCCAAUACUGAUUGCCUCAUUCUCUUUUUCUGGCUGCACUUACUCAACAGGGUUUAACCUGUGGCCACAUUAGAAUGGCAAAUGGCAGAAAUUUCUAAAUUCUGGCAAAUGCUAAUUUACUAGAGAGGGAGCGGGAUUAUUAUUUUGAUUCUUGUGCCACUGAUGUAAUAGAAUUGCUUAGUACAUAUUAUAGAACGAAGAAUUU